AUGAAUGUUAUUUUGUCAGAAUGCACAAAACAAUGUACAGUUACAUUUAUAGAUACACAUGUUGGUCAUCUAAAUGAUUUAGGAAACUUACCACUAGAUAAAGUAACUAAGGAUAUUAUAGCUAGUAAAAUUUCUGAACACAUUCCGUUUGAACACAUACUUGAUGAAGUUCGUGACAAUAUUUCCAACAACGUGUUAGAAAGAACACAUCUAUUAACAAAAAAAGAUCUUUAUAACAUUGAAGCAUCAUACAAUUUGAAUAAUGAAUCAGUCUUACACAAAAACGAUGCAUUGAGUGUUGAAUCUUGGGUUCAAACUGUGAGAAGUGAUGAUAGAUUUUCCUUAGUAUACUAUAAGCCACAAGACAAUAUAGAUCCACUAUUUCCAAACCUAAAAAAAGAAGAUUUUGUCUUAAUAAUAAUGAAUAAUUAUCAAAAAUCAAUGUUGGAAAAAUUUGGUAAUGAUGUAAUUUGCAUUGAUGGCAUGAAUUCAUAUAAUUUCAAUCUUACCACAGUUUUGAUUCUUGAUGACAUGAGAGAAGGUUUUCCUUGUGCUUUCAUGAUAAGUAAUAGGGUUGAUGAAGGUGUAUUAAAAAUUUUAUUUUCUCAGAUUAGAGCUCUUACAGGACUAAUUAAACCAAAAGUAUUUAUGUCUGAUAUGGCGGAAUGUUUUUUUAAUGCAUGGUUGGUUGAAAUGAAACAACCAAAAUUUAGAAUAUAUUGUACAUGGCACGUAGAUAGAGCAUGGAGUAAAAAUUUGACUAAAGUUAAAUUGAAGGAAAAACAAGCCGAAGUUUACAAAAUUAUAAGAACAUUAUUGCAUGAACAAGACGCUAAAGCAUUUGAAAACAUUUUUGAAAGUGCUAUUAAUCAAAUGUCAGCUGAUGAACAAACAUGUGAAUUUGCUAACUAUUUCGUAAGCCAAUAUGGAAAUUACGUUCAAUCAUGGGCAUACUGCCAUCGAAUUCAUGCUGGAGUUAAUACGAAUAUGCAUAUAGAACGAAUGCAUUGUACACUAAAGCAUAUUUACUUACAGGGAAAAAAGGUAAAGCGCCUUGACAAAUCUUUAUAUGCUUUGAUGAAGUUUAUUCGAGAUCGUUCUAUAGAUAGAUUAAUUGUAAUCCAUAAAGGAAAAAUCACAUCGAAAAUAAAAGAACUGCGUAAAAGGCACAAACACAGUCUAGAAAUGUCACAUGAAAUGGUUAUGAAAGCAACAGAAGAUAGUUGGGACAUCAUAUCUAAAAAAUAUAGUGAAAUGUAUACAGUGAACAGACUUAAAAUUUCCUGUGAUUGUCAAAUACAAUGCCAAGACUGUCUUUUUUGCAUUCAUUGUUAUACAUGCUCUUGUAUAGAUAGUGCAAUUAAGUCGAAUAUGUGCAAACAUAUUCAUCUAGUUUGCCAAUUUCAAUAUAGUAUAAGCAAUCAAAAAAAUAAUGGAAUGUUAACAAACUGUUUAGUUGUGAACAACAACUUAAACAACAUGCCUAACACAGACGGUGAGCAUAACAACGAAACUUCCAAUAUUUUAAGUCAAUUAAAUAACUCAGCCAUUACAAGCCAGCUAUCAUUAGAAUUGGAAAAAAGGAAACUGCAAGAGUCAUUCAAUAAAGUGUUGAAUGAAAUAUCUACCAUUGAAGAACUAAAUGUCUUGAAAAAACUUUUUUACCUAUAA